ACUAAACAUUCGUAUGAGUUGAGAGAACGCGAAUGAACCUUCCCGGCUGCCGUCGUAUCUUCAGCGCCUUUCCGUGCUAGAUUCCCGCUCGCUGGCCUGUCAACAUGUCGGAGUACAACGCGGUGCCGCCGCAGGGCGCCGCGGCUCCUCUCGGCGGACAAGAAUCUCUCGGGAACGGAGCAGGGGGCAUCAAGAAAGAUGCGUUCGCGGACGCGGUGCAGCGGGCCCGGCAGAUUGCAGCUAAGAUCGGGGGUGAGGCUGGUCCUCCCGUGAGCAUCAUCCCCGCAUCAGAGGGCUUUCCAUUCACUGCACAGAAACGACAGCUGGAGGAUGCAGGUAAUGAACCAGAGAGCAAGAAACUGGCUGCACAGAGUGACUUGGAUUCAGCUAAAGCACUGUCUAUUGGUGCACAGCUCGCUGCACUUGCACAACAAAGGCCCACCUCCACCACAGAGGAGUACAGUGUUCCUGACAGCAUGGUGGGACUCAUUAUUGGCCGUGGAGGUGAACAGAUCAAUAAAAUUCAACAGGAGUCAGGUUGCAAGGUGCAAAUAGCUCCAGACAGUGGAGGCCUUCCAGAGAGGAGCGUCUCUCUCACAGGUUCCCACGACUCUGUACAGAACGCCAAGAGGCUGUUGGAUGAUAUAGUGUCACGAGGGAGGGGUACACCCCCCUCUGCUUAUCACGAGUCCACCAAUGGGCAGAAUGGCUCAGUGCAUGAGAUGAUGAUCCCAGCUGGCAAGGCUGGCCUCGUCAUUGGCAAGGGAGGAGAGACCAUUAAACAGCUACAGGAGCGUGCAGGUGUGAAGAUGAUCCUGAUCCAGGAUGCCUCUCAGGGUCCCAACGUUGACAAGCCCUUGCGCAUUAUUGGAGAUCCAUACAAAGUCCAGCAAGCCCAGGAAAUGGUGGAGGAGAUUCUGAGGGACAGAGACCAAGGCGGCUUUAGUGAAAGAAAUGACUUUAGUUCCCGAAUGGGCGGAGGCAUGGAUAUCCCAGUACCACGGCACUCGGUGGGUGUUGUCAUUGGACGCAAUGGAGAGAUGAUCAAGAAGAUCCAGAAUGAUGCUGGAGUUAGAAUACAGUUUAAACAAGAUGAUGGGACCGGUCCAGAUAAGAUUGCCCACGUCAGUGGUCCUCCUGACCGCUGCGAACAUGCCGCUCAGAUCAUCAACGACCUGCUGCAGAGCAUCAGGGUCAGGGAGGAGGGACAGGGGGGGCCCCCGGGUCCUCCAGGAGUGCCUGCAGGCAACCGGGGCCGAGGUGGGGGACAAGGUGGCUGGGGUCCCCCUGGAGGGGAAAUGACCUUCUCUAUUCCUGCCCACAAGUGUGGGCUUGUGAUUGGCCGCGGGGGAGAGAACGUCAAGUCCAUCAACCAGCAGACGGGGGCGUUUGUGGAAAUCUCUCGACAGCCUCCUCCCAACGGAGACCCCAACUUCAAGCUGUUUAUCAUCAGGGGCUCACCGCAGCAGAUCGACCACGCCAAGCAGCUCAUUGAGGAGAAGAUUGAGAGUCCCCUGUGUCCUGUUGGCCCGGGGCCAUGUGGACCAGGUCCUGCUGGUCCAAUGGGUCCCUACAACACCAACCCAUACAACCCUGGACCGCCUGGUGCCCCUGGACCCCCACAUGGUUGUCCUCCAGGUCCUCACCAGUACAAUCCUCAGGGCUGGAGCAACUCCUACCAGCAGUGGCAGCCCCAGGCGCCCCAUGACCCCAGCAAGGCAGCAGCCAAUGACCCUAACGCGGCCUGGGCGGCCUACUACGCUCAGUACUACCAGCAGCCGUCGGGGGCUGUGCCGUCGCAGUACCCCGCAAACGCGACCGGAGGUGCCCAGACAUCAGUGGACCAGACCCAACCUGCACAGACACCGGGGGGCCAGCCAGACUACACCAAGGCCUGGGAGGAGUACUACAAGAAGAUGGCCCAGGCAGGUGGCUCCGUCCCUGCAUCUGCAGCCGCAGUCCCGGGAGCAGCAGGGGGAGCAGCGUCCACGACGGGAGGCCAACCGGACUACAGCGCAGCCUGGGCCGAGUACUACAGGCAGCAGGCUGCGUACUACGGACAGACAGGACAGGCACCUGGGCAGCCGGCCCAACCCCAGCAGGGACAGACGCAGUGAGAGUUCACAGCAGAAAGUCUCAAUCCGGGGAGAAUCAAGAAGGUUGGAUGAAGAGGAAAACCCUGAACUUUGGGCCAGGAGCUGUGUUGUUAAGUUUUAUUUUUUUCAUAUUUUAUUUGUUCUGAGUGGAAGUCAAAUUCAACAACUCACAACCAAAACAUCACGUGGAUACUUUUUAAAUAAAAAUGUGAACUGAACAGAUGUUCAAGUGCUUUGCUCCUGAGGGGAGGGAUAAGACUGAGGAUGCCAUCAUGGCAGCGACACAAAGCUUCUUAAAGCCUCUACAUACAUUUAACAACAGAAGCCUUGAAACGCCAAUACAUCUUUCUAAUCUUUCUUUUAUUAUCUUCUUAAGACGUCUAAGUUCCACUUUAAAGCCCUAACCCUUAUAUCUCAGUGUUACAUUAACUAAAUAGCACAGAGCUAAAAGAACUAUAAUUACAUUGUGUAUCUGGUUAGGUAAUAAAUCAGAGGAAUCAUUUUUAAAGCACGUUGUUUCGUGUUUCUCUGAUGUGGCUUGCAUGUUAUAAUUUUUUUUUUCAAAACAAAAUUUGUAUCAUUGAAAUAUUUUGACAGUGUCAAGUAGAAUUCUACAGUGUUGAUUCAUGCAUGUGGGAUGACUAAUAAGUGGUAAAAGUCAGUAGAGGUGGAUCCUGAAAAAGCAGCUAAAGAACAGAACACGCCCUCUACUGGUGAUAAGACCUUAACUGUGUGCAAUGAUGUCAAAGUAUCCUCCUAGAUGCAAAGCAAGGGAUGAAAAGUGGAAAUCAGAUAUUCACAUCAGGAUUUAAAGGGUCCUAUGCCCAUAGGUUGAAUGAAUGCAGUUUAGGCAUCUCAUCUUCUUCAAAUAUCCAUUUAGGGUUUUUUUUUUAAAAGUCAGCUAACUGUGGAUGGAAGGCCAAACUGCAAAAAAAAAGAAGCUUUGUCCUUCAUAUUACUUCAAAAACGUUGAAGUGAUGGUCAGGCCUUUUAAAGCCAUCAUGGGGCAGUGGGCAUUCACCUUGAAGCAACUGCAUAUGUGUCUUUUUCAUCUCGUGACAUCCAAACCCCGCUGUGACGUUUUUAAUCGCAAGGCUGCAUGUUAUUGCUUUUUACUUACGUUUUUUUAAUGGAUCCAAACAAGAAUCUGAUGAUCCUUUGCCACACAGUUGUCUUGUGUGCAAGAGAAUUAAACAGUCUUCCAAUGUGUCCCACUUCAAGAUAUAUUACACAUGUACAUAUAUUCAGCAAUUCAAAGGCUGUUGGUUUUGAUUUACAGAGAUGUAUCAGGUAUGAUUGUUGUUAUCUCAGCAGCAGCUGUGAGCCUCCUUCUGGCAGCAGUGUUGAUCUUUUAAUAAGUGACCACCACCAGCAAUACUCUGAAUUAAAAAGGGGCAUUUGUCGAUUACCUUUAAAA